AUGGCACCUGUGAAAGCAAUCAAUCCCUUGUGUUUUGUGAAACCUGCUUCAGUCCGUUCGGUUUUCAUGUCCGGUCAUCACAACACAGAGAUUCGUGAUGAGACACAAGCAAACUUUGCCCUGAAUAGCUAUGAAAAUCAACGUCAUCUCAGUAUUAGUUUAUGCGAAAAUAGUGUGAAUGUACUUUCUCUUGAGUUGGAUUGUGGUGGACAGUAUCGCGAUGGUUCGUAUGAUGAUGGUUGUCGACUAGGAUAUCGUGGUGAUGUGCAUAUUGACUUGAAUGACGAUGGAAGAUUCGACGAGUUUGAGAAUCGUGUUCUUCACAAUUCACUCGGUGAAGGUAAAAACUCGCGAGGAAGAUUUGGUUUGGAAGUGUGUAUUCCAACAAUUGAUGGUGUUGACAUAAAAACUGGACAACAUCGUAUGCGCAUUCGUAUUUCAGCGGGCGGUGAGUAUGCAAGAGAUUGUGGCAAUGGAGAUUACAGCGAAAUACGAGAAUAUAUGGUGAACAUAGUUCCGAAAUCAAUGUGUGCAGCACCAUGUCCAGUUGUUUCGGUUGUAAGAAAAACAUUCACAUGCCAUUCGACUCCAGCCAAGAUCGUAUAUGUGAUGAUUGGUGGUGAGCAGGGAACACAGAUCCGAGAUGCAAGUCCAAGUGACAUGAUUAUUAGUGGAUAUCAUACUCGACAGCACUCAACUCUGACGUGGUAUGGAUAUACUCUAUAUCUGUUACGAAUUCAGCUUGGCUGUCCUGAAAUCUAUGAUCGAGAUUCGCUUGACAAUGAUUGUGCUCUCAGUCAUCACGUGGAUGUAUGGAUUGAUCUGAAUGAUGAUGGAAGAUUUGACGACUCCGAAAAUCGAGUUCAUCGUCGAUCGCGAAUCGAUGACGAAACACAAGAACGAGGAUAUGACCUGCAAAUCUCUGUGCCAGCAAUCGACGAUAUAAAUGUGAAAAGAGGAGUACAUCGUUUGCGUAUUCGAUUAACGCGAAGUGAUAGUUAUCAACGAGAAUGUGGUAACACAGAUCACAGUCAAGUAUUGGAAUAUACAGUGAAUAUUGUUCCAAGGAAACCAUGUUCAAGUGUUGGAUAUGUCACUGGACAAGAAUUAGCAUCAGUGCCUGAAUCAGAUGUCAUUGUUCAUUUAAAAGCGGAAGCCACUGAAUCAACACUCUGUCUACCUGGAAACUUGAUCUGCUCAGCAGGCAGUAGUGCCAUACGAUUCGUUAAACUGUCAGGUGAACAGAAUACACUCCUUCACGAUGAAAUGACACGAUGUAGUGCAACAAACAACUAUCAAGAUCAAAAUCGUUUUAGUGUGAUGAUGCUCGAGAACAAAGUUUAUACUCUGACUAUUGAACUAUAUUGCGUGGAACCUUGGAGUUUCAGAGACUCGAACAAUGCCGACGCGUCAAUGGUCAACAGUUAUUGUGAUUCACCUCAUUCUAUCAGUAUUUGGAUGGAUCUGAACAAUGAUGGUCAAUUCGAUGAAAAUACUGAACGAUUGUUAAGGGAGGAUGAUCGUAAUGCUGGUUACAGGAAUGGUGUUCAUGACUUGAGUAUUAUUAUUCCUGCCAUGAGUGACUAUAACAUGCUCAAUGUACCUCAUACGAUGCGUGUCAACUUGAACAGAGAUCCGUACAAUCGCAAAGCUUGUUACAAUGAUGGAUAUGGUGAAGCAAGAGACUAUAUCGUACAUAUUACACGACAAUCUUGGUAUUGA